CAUGACUCCUAAAAUUGAUGUAUCUCAAAUCUUUUAGUACUCCCUGCUUAUGCGCACUAGGUGUGCGGUGUGAUAAGUGGCGUUUGUAGCCUAUGUAGCGCCCUGCAUUACCGAAAGAGAGCAGUUUUUUAUCUUACCCCGUGCGGGCGCUGUGGCUAAGGCGCUAACAUGGCUGCUCUGAGGAGAUGGUGCUCCACUGUAGCUGCUGCUACCAGCAAGGGUACGAGAUGGGAGAGACUGCGGGACGGCCGUGCAGGUGUGUGGUGCCGCAGUCUUCUGAGAGACUAUAAGGAAGCAUGCCGUGAAAUAUUCGUUGGAGCAUCUGAGCGCCCUUUAAAAGCCAGCCUUUACGUGGCUUUGUUUGGAGGUGCAUACGUGUGUUACUACACCAAUCCAGACGAGAUGUCCUUUCAGUCUAGAAUACUAGAGACCUCCAACCAGCUUGCACUGUUAUCUCCGUGGAUUCGAAGUGGCACGUCGGAUGGGCAUGUGCAGAGCUUGGCAAAGCUGCGCAACGAGGGCCGGUUGCGAUACAUCAGCCUGGGGAUUAUCUCAUUGGUCUACAUGGCUGACUACGAUCCUGAGCCCAACCUGUAUGAGGCACGGUGCUCUGCGCUUUCUGUGCCUUGGGCACAGUUGCCUCAACGUGUCCUGGACAUAGGCUUUGUAGGGCGCUGGUGGUUGUUGGAAAACAAAAUGGAGAACUAUGAUAUAAAUGAGGAGGAGUUUAAGCAUCUCCCGGUUGCCCUGCAGACCACAGCAGUCCCUACAGCACAGGACACUGAGAGAAAUGAGAGACUGCAUCAGGAAUCCUGGAAGGCACUGGUGAUGGAGGGAGACGAAGAGAUGGACAGUGUGAAGAAAGGCGAGGACGUAGUAAGAGAAGGAAAUGAGAGCAGUGCAAAACAGAACUUUUAAUAUUGCUCUUGUGUUUUGUUGAACAUUUGCUGAUUUAAAACCGUCAUGUAUGAUUCAAUGUAUUUCUGGGUAUGGGCCUGGAAGGGCUUAUCUGGACUCUCCUAUUUAUUGUGGCGCUGGAGAGAAAAGUAAAGCAAAGGUGGCAAUGGUUCUGAUGAUAAAAUUAAUUUAAUUUAAAUAACUGUGCUUCUGCUCUGCUUGUUUUAAGUCUCAAAAUGAUAAGUAACUGCAUUGAGUUUAGUACUUGCACCCACAUUUACCACACUGAAUUCCUUUAUAUUAAGGAACAUGCUGACUGACAGUGGUAAGGGUGUUUCUGUGCCCAGGUUGACAGCUCUUUCCUGACCUCCUCCAUCAAUGUACCACCACUAAGCAGAAAUAAAUUGGAAAGUGGAAAACUCACAGCUUAGUGUGACUCUGACUCUAGUGCGGGAGUAUUCAAGUAAAAUUUGAAAAGCUUCUCUUGCAUACAAUAUCUUACUUACAAACCAAGCUAGUCACAUGUGGAAACUUGUGAUUUUUUUAAAUUUUAUUUUAUUUCACAUACCCUGUUCAGUUUGCUUAAAGAGUUUGUUAUAUCCACAUCUUGAUUGUGAAUCAUUAGUUAACAGUGUUACCAGUGUGUAUUGUUGAUGGUGGGAUUUUUAUAGAACUGACGAAGACUUAAAGGAAGAUAAAGAGAAAGCUCUAACAUCUAACUGUACACACACUACAUGGAACAGCAUAGGUGUGUCUUAUCAAAAGCUUUGUAAGUGUAAAUGUUGUAUAACAACCACAACAACUGUGUCACAUAAACUGACUAGCCUCUUCCAUGUCUUUUUCAUUUUAUUACUGGCAAGAAUAAAGGCAUAAGGAUGAG